AUGUCUUUUGUCUCUCGAGGGGCGAGAGCUGCAGCUCGUCCCUUGAGGCGUGCAGUCCAACAACGUCCGCAACGCAGAUUUGCUGGACACGAAGCUGGCCACGGUCACGGAGAUGCACACCACCAUCAUUCUGGGGAGAGCGCUCUCCACGUCGCAGGUGGAUCGGGGAACGAAGGAUUCGGCAGGGGAUUCUACAUUGCCAUAGGCUCCGUACCUUUCGCAAUAUUCAUCUACUCGAUCGCCAGCUCUCCCGGAGAUAAUGCGCUCAGCCGUCUUGUGCGAAAAUACGAUGCCGGCAGAGAGGUGCUGUUGAGAAAAGAUGCUAUACAUACAACCAUGAUGGAGCAGGCCGCCGCUGAUAGGCAGCUGUUUGCUGCGACGCCGACUGAUCCUGCCGGUCCUCCCCUUCGAAAUCCAGAGUCAUUCAACUUCGGCUCACCCUGGAAUGUGUCUGCUGGUCAGGGCACAGCGGAUCUCUCUGCGUUGACCAAAUACUAUGAAGGGAAGAAUAAGGAAGCGGAGCGAGAGCGGGUAGAGAGAUUCAAGAAACAGAAAGGUUCCGUUUACGACCUGUAG